AUGGCACUAGUCGUACCUGCCCUUGCUGGUGACCCACUGUUCUCGUGGCGCGAUAGCAAAGGGGACAUUCGCCCCAUGGCAAAGGUCCGUGCAAUGGAGCGCAUCAAUGCAAUUUUAGUUGCGUGGGGCUGGGGAACGUCGUUUGGCCAUUCUUUCCGCAUAGGCGGUGCUUCAUUCUAUCUAGCAAAGAAAAUCGACCCAGAGAUCAUACAAAUUGCCGGUCGUUGGAAGUCCUUAGCAUAUGAAACUUAUAUUCGCGCCUUCGAACAGAUUUCGUCCCAGCACAUGGCUAACGCUGUCGCAUGCUGA